UAGAUGCACCCGACUCCGGGGUCCCCACGUUGACGCGUCGUGAGUGGCCCCGGCCUCGCUAUCUGCCCGUCGCGAUUCCAUACACAGCUAGCAUCUCCACCGACGCUGAUCUUGGCUUUCGCCAAGGUCCGCUACGUGCGUCUGGAUCCGUGACACUGAUGGAGGUAUAAAGAAAGGACGGAGUACCAUUUCGAGUUGCCCUCGCCCAGACUGUCUGUCGUUCGACGCAUUCAUCAUGGCCGCGCACCUCGAGAAGAACACGUCGAGCCUGCACGAGGACCUCAAGAGCGACAACACGCACACUGUUGCUGAGCACGGCCACGCAGCUACUGACAUCUACGGCAAUGCGCUGCUCGCCUUUGAUCCCAAGGCGGAAGCCAAGCUGAGGUGGAAGAUCGACCUCUACAUCAUCCCCACCGUUGCUCUGCUGUACCUUUUCUGCUUCAUCGACCGCGCAAACAUCGGCAAUGCUCGUCUGGCCGGUCUUGAGAAAGACCUGGGUCUGAAGGGAUACGACUAUAAUAAGGUCUUGUCCAUCUUCUACAUCAGCUACAUUAUCUUCGAAAUUCCUUCCAACAUCUGCUGCAAGUGGAUGGGUCCUGGAUGGUUCAUCCCCAUCAUCUCACUAUGCUUCGGUAUUUCGUCCAUUGGUACGGCGUUCGUCCACGACAUUCACAGCGUCUGUGGUGUGCGUUUCGUUCUCGGUGUUUUCGAGGCGGGCAUGCUGCCUGGUAUUGCCUACUACUUGUCCCGUUGGUACCGCCGAUCUGAGCUAGCUUUCCGCCUGUCGCUCUACAUUGUCAUGGCGCCGCUUGCCGGCGCUUUUGGUGGUCUUUUGGCUUCCGCUAUUCUGACUCUGGACCACUUUGGGGGCCUGCAUCGCUGGAGGAUGAUCUUCGCCAUCGAAGGCAUUGUCACUUGCAUUCUUGCCUUGAUCUCAUUCUUCACGCUCACCGACCGCCCGGAAACUGCUAGAUGGCUUACACCAGAAGAGAAGGACCUGGCGAUUGCUCGUGUCAAGUCUGAGCGCGUUGGACAGAACGAGGUCCUCGACAAGCUGGACAAGAAGAAGACUUUCCGCGGCAUCUUCAACCCCGUCGUGCUCGCGACAUCUAUCAUCUUCUUGCUCGACAACAUUACCGUGCAAGGUCUGGCCUUCUUCGCACCCACCAUUGUGCGAACUAUCUACCCCAAGAACACCGUCGUCUACCAGCAACUCCGCACCGUCCCACCUUACAUCGUGGGAGCAUUCUUCACCCUCCUCUUCCCCUUCCUCAGCUGGCGCUACGACAGACGUACAAUCUUCAUGAUUGCCGGCGCACCAUUGAUGAUGGUAGGCUACAUCAUGUUCCUGGCCAGCACCGAGUCUCAAGUCCGUUACGGAGCAACUUUCAUCAUCGCUUCCGGCGCAUUCUCAUUCGGCGCGCUCUGCAACGCGCAAGCCUCUGCAAACGUCGUCACAGAUACUGCGCGCGCCUCUGCUAUCGGCACGGUGGUCAUGCUCGGUAACAUUGGUGGUCUGAUCUCGACAUGGAGUUUCUUGCCUUUCGACGGACCUAACUACCCCAUUGGCAAUGGUUUGAAUUUGGCGACGAGCAGCACGAUCUUGGUCUUGGGUUUUGCGCUCUUGUUCUGGAUGAAGAGGAGCAACAGCAAGCGUGCGCAGGUUGAUGUGGAUGCUGAGCUUGCGGGCAAGUCGGCGGGCGAGAUCGAGGACAUGGACUGGAGGCACCCUUCGUUCAGGUGGAGGCCUUGAGUUUGGGUUGCCGGUACAAGUGGAUUGUCACCGUCGUGGGAAUAUCCAGCACAUAACAUCACGUAGUAAUUUUGUACAUGAUCACAGUACAACCUCGC